UACAGGUCUGAUAAUGAGGAGUGAAGGUCAGUUUCGAUGUAAGAGUGCUAAGGAUUGUGAUCCUCGUGGUUGCAGACUAUGGAUGCAUGUAAUAUGUAAUAAACUCCACAAAUGUACAUGCGCUAAUGGUGCUCCUAUUGGUGGUCAAUGUAAUAGCAUCAAAGACUGUUACCUUUCUGGUUGUCCACCAAACUCUCAUGUUGUCUGCGAUAGGCAAAUCUGCACCUGUGUCUCCUAAUUGAUUUAAUUGUCUCUAAUUAGUAAUUUUUAUAUAAUGUCAGUCUUAUAUAGGAAGAAAAUUUUAAUACUAUAAUUCACCUAUAUGUGAGAUGUAAUAAUAUGAAAUUAAU